CCGUAAGCAGUGUGCAGCACAUGCAGGUGCCUCUGUCAAUGCCAUCCAAUAAUGGCUGGGCGUUUCCGUUCCCGACAGUCUCUCCUUCAGUGCCUGCGGGUGCUUUCCAAUAUCAGUCCCGUGUUAUCUGCCUCCAGCUUGUGCCGUCCUGGCCGUGGUAUUUCGUUUGCGUCCGUGGGAUAGGAUGUCGCCGCAAAACAAUAUCAUUACCAGGCGGAAGAACUUACUUCGCAAACGAGCGAAUACUGCUAAACCCCGGACAUUGAGGCUCGGCCAAGACUGCAACAUCUUCACUGUCUUGAUCUACUAUAAUCUCGUCCGCGAAGCUCUCGACGGAGUGGUACACUUACCAGAAGGCGAGACACUGCCGGAUUUGAACGCCUGUGCUAGGGACAUUAUGUCAAAGCAGUCGAAGUCUAUGCUGGGGCACCGAAGACAACCACGUCGCUCAUCAAGACAGAAGCAAAGACCGGCAAGUCCUAGGCAAGGUAGAGAUGCCGGCGACCGGACCGAGCGUGAGACAGGCGGCGAAAACGACGGGGUGUGGAGUGUCACUUCCAGUCCUCCAUCUAAUGCUCGACCAUUAGCGAGGCAGGGAAGGCAGGGCGUACCUGAAUCGUUGCAAGAUAAGAACCACGCACCGACGGACGGACGUGCUAUCAGGAAUGGGCACUCAAGUCAGGACGAGGUCCACUCCACAGCAUGUGAUGAAGACGCUGAGGGAGACACAACCCACUCCGAUGGCAACGGAGUGCUCGGACCGCUUGCACAGGAAGUUCAGCUCGAUACGCAGUGGCUGCAAGAUGGCAUGGACUUGAGCUUUGACUUCGACGAUGACUUCGUUUUACCGGUAAAUGACACGAUACAUACGACAUCAGCAAACCCUGCCGCAGCGCCAGCUGCCAUGAUUCCCCAGGGCAACAAGAGUAUGGCAGGAUGGGAAGAACACGAUUUCCAGCAAUCCCAAGGAGCAGCCUCCCAGUGUGCUCCAUUCGAAGGGACUUGGCCAUCGCUUCAGCCACUCUCAUUUGCUGCCAACACCGACUUGCUUUCAGUCCCACGCAAGCGCCAACAAAAGAUACGACUAUUGAGAGCAUUGGUAAACUCCUAUCUACACAGGAACGACAAGAAUCCCCCCAAUCUCACGGGCUCCGGUGCUACAUUCUCUUCAAAUCAGAGCAAGCUGGAAAGGAAUCGCCGUUUCAAAAGGUUUCUAGGGUACCUCUUGCAACGAAAUAAAGAAAUCAGGGAGUUCGACAAUUGGUGUCAAGGCAGGCGCUAAAUUGUAGACGCCACCUGCUCCCGCCGGCCCACCCUGAAUCUCCAAGCGAGAAUUUAGGGUUUGUUGCAUUACGUGGUCGUUAAAGUACGAAAUAAUAAUAAAUGAUAGUUCUACAGAUAAGGAAUAC